UCUCCGCAUAUGAUUUGCAUUCCCUUUCACUUCAAAGUUUCUAAACCAAAUUUUAUUACAUGAGAACAAAAAUUUUCAAUAAAUUUUUCAAUGGAUAAGGAUGACAAAUAUCUGGUGCGUUGCCUAAAAUGUAGAAAAGUCUUGGAAUGUUCCCGUUACAAUGUAUCGCCAUUACUGCAACACAUACGCAGUGAUCAUCCGGAAGUGGAAAUCAUAGAUGACGAAACAAAUGAAACAAAAAGGAAUUGCGAUGAAUCAUGGAUGGCAAAAAAUGUAAGCAAGGCAACUUCCACAAACGACAGGCUAAUACAAACCGAAACCAAAGAUACACAAAUCGAAGAUGAUAAUAAAUCUGAAGUAGAAGAGAGUCAACCACAAACAACAUCAACUGACAACAACAAUGAAAUAGAGAAGCAAUUAUUCUCUUCAUAUAUGCCAGAAGAAGAUUUGAUACAACUCUCUGAUAAUACAAAUCAUUUUAAAACCUUUCAGGAUAUAAAGGAUAGCGAAUUAUCUUCUAGCAAUACACAUGCCCAAAUUAUUUAUACCCAUCGUUGCAAAAUUAGAACUCCUUCCGCUGCCACUUCCUCAUUAACCCCUUUUCCCAAAACUCCCCGUAAGCGCCAUUUCUAUAGAAUCUCCAUACAAAAAUGGCAGCCAGCCAGUGGCAGCAUAUAUUGUCCCAAAUGUGGUUGUCAUAAGAAGCCUUUAAUCGAGACCAGAAUUGAGCGUUUUACCCAAAAUGAAUGGUGUGCGAAAUGUCUAUUCAAUUGUUGGCCACUUUGUUUUAUGCCCUGGCUGUUACGAGGCCAUGAAGUACAGCAAUUGCAUUGUUCCAAAUGCAAAGCUUUUUUAGGCAUUUAUAAUCCAAAAUCCAAUUGUCUGAGACCAAAUGGAGAAUUUAUGUCACCUAAUGCGGAGCAUCAGGUGCGAUUGCAAUCAGAUGGCAGAGAGUUGCAUCCUGAUAUGGUGGCCCGUUUGGAAGGUUUUAAGAGAUAUGGACGCUUGGCUGGCAUUGAUUUGGAAGAAAUUUUAACGGAUAGUAGCCGAAGCAACAACAGGAGUAAAACUUUUAUGGAUGAUUCUUCAGCAACUGAAGAAAUGUUUGCUGCUAGUAAAAAAUUAAAUUCUGAAAAUGUGAAAUCUUUUCGUGAUUUUUCGAACCUCUUCCAGCUGGAAAUCAUAUUCAAUCUCUUCUAUUCAAAGAAUGGCAUAGCAAUAUAUUUAUAA